AUGCGGAAAUACCUCACAGCACGCAACCUGCGUUUGGGGCCCUGCUCCAGACAAGCUCUAAUGAUUGUCGUCGAUGAGUUCGAGAAGACGGGAGCGGAGACAGAAACCUGGGACGAGCAAGAGCUGCUGCUGAGGAUUGUUGAGAAGGGUGAAAAUAUUUCCGCAAAUGAUCCACGCUUGCUCAAAUACAUCAAGAACUACGUUCUCAUCCCACCUCUUCCCAGUGAAAUUCCCUACCACCUCACCAAGCCACAAACCCACUUCUCCCAGUUCCCCGACCAAGUUGUUUUCCUUCAGAGCACCUUUGAAAAUUCGACUGGCGGAUUCUUCAUUGAAGCUGGAGCAUAUGAUGGCGAAACCUUUUCAAAUACCCUCUGGCUUGAAAGGGAGAGGAAAUGGACGGGACUUCUCGUCGAACCCGAUGCCAGAAAUUUCGCUAGUUUGAAAGCAAAGAUGAGAAAGGCAUGGCUGUCCCAUUCCUGUCUCAGUCCUAUCCCUUAUCCCCAACAGAUGUCCUUGGAAGGAGGAGGCUCAGGUGGAAAGAUGACGUCCAAAAAUCAGAAAAAUAAAAAAGGGCAGCACUUGAUCUGUUUCCCAUUAGAAUCACUCCUCAGAGCCAUCGGCCAGUCGAAGAUAGAUUUCUUCAGUCUGGACAUAGAAGGACUGGAUUAUGAAGUUCUCACUAGCAUCCCUUGGGAUAUUCUCGAUAUUCAGAUCAUGAUGGUCGAAUCCAACAAAGGGACAAGAGAGAAGAUCCUGAAGUACAUGGCUGUAAAGAACUAUCGGCAUGCGCAUCAUCUAACUAUUGACGAUAUUUUUGAUAAACCAAGGACAUGAUAUCCUGAUGAAAUGUCUCCUGCUAGUAGGUUUUCUUGUU